AUGACGAAGCGCCCCUUGCAAAACAGCACAGCCGCGAACAUCGCCGCGGCGAAAACCAUAGAGGAAAUGUACCAGAAAAAGACACAACUGGAACACAUCUUGCUGCGGCCCGACACCUACGUUGGGUCGAUAGAGAAGCACACGCAGACACUGUGGGUGUACGAGAACGAUGAAAUGGUACACCGUGCCGUCGCCUAUGUCCCUGGACUCUACAAGAUCUUCGACGAGAUCCUUGUGAAUGCUGCGGACAACAAGCAGCGUGACCCCUCCAUGGACUCCCUGAAAGUCACCAUCGAUGCAGAACAGAACACCGUUAGUGUGUUCAAUAACGGCGACGGCGUGCCGGUGGAGAUUCACCAGGAGGAGAAGGUCUAUGUCCCUGAAUUGAUCUUUGGCCACUUGCUCACUAGCAGCAAUUAUGAUGACAAUGUCAAGAAGACCACCGGUGGCCGUAACGGCUACGGUGCGAAGCUCACGAAUAUCUUCUCCACCGAGUUUGUCAUUGAGACAGCCGAUGGGAGGCGCCAGAAGAAGUAUAAACAGGUGUUCUCCAACAAUAUGGGGAAGAAGUCUGAACCGGUGAUAACAAAAUGCAAAGAUAGUGAGAACUGGACCAAGGUGACCUUCAAGCCUGACUUGGAAAAGUUCAAAAUGACCUAUCUUGAAGAAGACGUUGUUGCUUUGAUGAAAAAGCGUGUGCUGGACAUGGCCGGGUGCCUUGGAAAGACUGUGAAGGUUGAACUCAAUGGGCGCUUGAUUCGUAUGAAAUCAUUUCGUGAUUAUGCUGAUCUCUACCUGAAAUCAGCUGAGAAAUCCAGACCAGUGCCCCUUCCCAGGAUUCAUGCAAAAGUAGGUGAUAGGUGGGAGAUUUGCGCGAGUCUAAGUGAUGGGCAGUUUCAACAGGUCAGCUUUGUCAAUUCCAUUGCUACAAUCAAGGGUGGGACUCAUGUUGACUAUAUCACCAAUCAGAUUACAAGCUUUGUGAUGAAUAAAGUAAAUAAGAAGAAAAAGGAUGCCAAUGUCAAAGCUCACAAUGUGAAGAAUCAUUUGUGGGUUUUUGUCAAUGCUCUUAUUGACAACCCUGCUUUUGAUUCCCAAACUAAAGAAACUCUCACGACCAGACAGGCUAGUUUUGGUUCUAAAUGUGAUGUUCCAGAAUCAAUGCUGAAGGAAGUUGCCAAUUCUGGAAUAGUGGACACCCUCUUAUCAUGGGCAGAUUUUAAGCAAAGCAAAGAUCUGAAGAAAUCUGAUGGUACAAAGACUCAGAGAAUUCGUGGCAUUGUAAAGCUAGAGGAUGCAAAUGAUGCUGGAGGAAGGAACUCUGACAAGUGUACCUUGAUAUUGACAGAGGGAGAUUCUGCUAAGGCCCUUGCUAUGGCUGGACUCUCUGUCGUGGGUCGAGACCAUUAUGGUGUGUUUCCAUUGAGAGGCAAAUUGCUCAACGUGCGGGAAGCCAGCAGUAAACAAAUAAUGGAGAAUGAAGAAAUUCAGAAUAUAAAGAAAAUUCUUGGAUUGCAGCAAAACAAAGAGUACACAGGCGUAAAGUCUUUGAGAUACGGUCAUUUAAUGAUUAUGGCAGAUCAGGAUUAUGAUGGGUCCCACAUCAAAGGGCUACUGAUAAACUUCAUUCAUUCGUUCUGGCCAUCACUGCUAAAAGUUCCAUCUUUCAUGGUUGAAUUUACCACUCCCAUAAUAAGGGCUUUUCAUUCAAAUGGGACAAAAUUAUCAUUUUAUUCCAUGCCCGAGUAUAUAUCAUGGAGAGAAAGCUUGGGGAAUAAUGCAAAUGGUUGGAAGAUAAAGUACUAUAAGGGUUUGGGUACAAGUACUCCUCAAGAAGGGAGAGAGUACUUUCGAGAUCUUGAUAAGCACAAGAAAGAAUUCUUUUGGGAAAAUGAGCUGGAUGGAAAUGCAAUUGAACUGGCGUUCAGUAAGAAAAAAGCCGAUGAUAGGAAGACCUGGAUUCGUAAUUUUGAGCCUAGCAAUUUUCGUGAUCAUAUGGCCAAACAUAUAAACUACAGGGACUUCGUGAACAAAGAGCUUAUAUUGUUCUCCAGGGCGGAUCUUCAAAGGUCUAUUCCCUCAAUGGUUGAUGGCCUCAAGCCUGGUCAAAGGAAGAUUCUUUUUUGCUCAUUUAAGAGAAAGUUGUUCAAAGAAAUAAAAGUAGGCCAAUUUAUUGGUUAUGUGUCUGAGCAUUCUGCUUACCACCAUGGUGAGCAAAGUUUAUCUACCACAAUUAUUGGAAUGGCACAGGAUUUUGUGGGUAGCAACAACAUCAAUCUUCUUAAACCAAACGGUCAAUUUGGUACUCGUAACAUGGGAGGUAAAGAUCAUGCAAGUGCUAGAUACAUCUAUACUGAACUAAAUACUAUUACUCGAUGCCUCUUCCACGAGGAUGAUGACAAACUUCUUGAAUACUUGAAUGAGGAUGGGAAGUCAAUUGAACCAAACUGGUACAUUCCAAUUAUACCUUUGGUUCUGGUCAAUGGUAGUGAGGGAAUUGGGACAGGCUGGAGUUCUUACAUUCCCAACUAUAAUCCAAGGGAAAUUAUUGCCAAUGUUAGGCGAUUGUUGAAUGGUGAGACAAUGAUGCCAAUGGAUCCAUGGUAUAGAGGAUAUAAAGGAACCAUUGAGAAAAGCGCCAAAGAAGGUGGGUAUGUAGUCAAUGGUAUAAUAGUGGAAGGGGAUGAGCAAACUUUCCGAAUCACAGAGCUGCCUAUCCGUAAGUGGACUCAAGAUUUUAAGCAGUUCCUUGAAUCUUUAACUGAAGGAACACCUAAUGUCAAGGAUCCUCUAAUUGAGGAUUUCCGGCAAAAUGGUGAUGACGCAACCGUGGACAUAGAAGUAAGGCUGAAGCUGGACAAAAUGGCAAUGGUCAUGCAGGAGGGACUGCUUAAGAAAUUUAAAUUGACUAGCACAAUUAGCACAAACAAUAUGCAUCUUUUUGAUGCUGAAGGGAAAAUUAAGAAAUAUGACAAUCCGGAACAAAUUCUCGAAGAGUUCUUUCCCCUCCGGCUGCAGUAUUAUGAGAGAAGAAAGAAACUUAUACUGGACAAUCUUGAACGACUUUUGUUGGUGUUGGACAAUAAAGUUAGGUUUAUAUUAGGGGUUGUGAAUGGAGAAAUUAUUGUCAGCAACAGGAAGAAAGCGGAUUUGUUGAUGGAGCUGCAGCAGAAAGGUUUCACUCCUAUGCCGAGGAAAGGUAAAUUUGUAGAACCUCAAGUUGCUGGGGCAACUGAUGACAAUUCAGAGGAACAGGAAGACGACAACGCUAGAGAGCAGGAAACUGGCUCUGAGCCUGUCAUUGUUGAAGGAGCAAGAAGAGGUGACUAUGAAUAUCUGUUAUCCAUGUCUAUUGGAACAUUGACCAUCGAAAGUGUUCAGAAGCUGCUAGCUGAAAAGGAUGAAAAGGAAAAGGAGUUUGAGAUUUUGAAGGCAACUCCAUCGAAGUCUAUGUGGAUUAAGGAUCUAGAUGAGCUUGAGAAGAAACUUGAUGAACUAGAUAGCAAAGAGGCAGAGGAGGAACAAAAGAGAUCUAGUCAAGCAAGUAAAAAUACAUCCAAUCGCGGUGUUUCAAAAGUUCCUAGGAAAGCAGCCAAGAAGCCGCCACAACCACGAAAGAAUACUAAGGCCAAAAAUGUUGAUCCGGAGGAUGAUAAUUCUUCAAUGAAUAUUGAGAAUGAUGCUGAAGUCACUAAACCAAAAGGCAGAGCAAGUUCUAAGAAUACUGAAAAGGUUGCUGAUGAUGAAAUUCUAUCUCUUCAAGAACGCCUAGCUGCAUAUAACUUCGGAGCAUCUAGUGAUCUAUCGGCAGCCAUGGAAACUGAAGAGCCAUCUGUGCCUGCUGGGAAAAAAGAGUAUAGCAGAAGGGGUGGUGCAAACAAGAAGUCCUCAAGUACCAUAGUGUUGGAUUCAUCCGAUAGUGAUAGAAAUGUUGAUGAUGACGAGGAGGACGAAGACUUCGAACUACUGCAGCAGGCUGCCCCAGAAGCAGGGAAAAAGAAGGGAGGGAGAAAGCCUGCUGCUCAAAAUGCCAAGAAGCCACCUGCAGCCACCAGGAAGAGAAACGUAGGCAACAAGCAAUCUCAGGCAUUAUUGGGUCAAAAGUUUAUAACUGAUAUGUUGCAGCCAGCUGAAAGUACAGGGAUAUCACCAGAGAAGAAAGUGAGGAAGAUGAGGGAGUCUCCGUUUAACAAGAAAAGUAGUUCUGUGCUUGGCAGGGUUACUGAGAAAAAUGAAACUGCAAGUGAGGACUUGUCGGGUUCUGCUUCUAACUCUCCCCCUAGCUCAGAGGUGGUUGAGAUUGCUCCAGCAGCAGCAAGAGCUAGACCUCAGAGGGCCAAUCGUAGGCAAGCAAGAUAUAUAGUGAGUGAAUCCGAGAGUGACGAUGAGUCUGAUGAUGAUGCUUCGGAUUUUUCUGAUUUUGACCAAGAUGAAGACUAG